AUGCCUCUGCAGGCCAUUGGCAUCCCAACCCAGACCACCUACAGCCUCGCCUCCUUCCCGCCCCAGGACAAGAAGGCAUGCAAAUCCACAGAUGGUGCGGCUAUGCAUGUUCAGGACGAGAAGGCAUGCGAAUCCACGAUUCGUGCGCCUAUGCAUGUCCAGGCCAGUGAUACAGGUCGAUCGGCCGACCUUCACGGCCAUUUCGGCUAUGAUCAAGUGCAGUUGACUUUUGGCAAUACAGCUUCAACCGGAGCUUGGACCGGCAUCCAACAUCCCCAGCUGCAGGAGAGGUUGGCGGCGAGUUCAACCACAGGUCUCCAAGGUUUGUCGCAUCUGGUCGAUACAGCAGCCAUGCAGCUCGGCCGCUUCGCGCGCCGUGUGGCGUUGAAGAGGCGAGCGCUGCACAAGAGAGCACUGGCAAUGUGGAGGACCCUCCGGAGUGCGGUGCGUGCAGUGGACAACGACAAGAAGAAGGCCGCCAGGAAGAAAGAUGCCGACAGGGAGAAGGACGACGACAGGAAGAAAGACGAUGACCGGGAUGAUCAGGACAAGGAGAGAUGGAAGCUGGCCGUGCUGAAGACUCUGUACGAGCGAGGUCUGGAGUCCUCGACACGGGUCGCGGGGCAGGAGGUGGCGGCCGAGACCGGCACCCAGACACAGGAUUGGCUCCUGGAUGCCGCUGCUUGUGGAGAUCAUCUUGUGCCCCUCACCAGACCUCCGAUUCCACUGCCGAUGCAGGCUCAGCAAACUAUGGCCCACCAUAUCUCCAUGGCGGUGGCUCGGGAGCUCUCUUUCCAGGGCGAGGUCCCGGCCGGUGCUGAGCACCACGCAGACGACUCCGAUGAUCUCGAGGCCUGCUGUCAUCCAGUGGUGGUUGUAGGUGUUUUCGGGCCGUGUUGUGGGUUCCAGGUGUUCGGUUUUCCUUGCAAAUCCCCUUGUCUUAUGUCGCCUUUUGGCGCCCAUCGGCGGCUUGCUGUGUCAGGCUGA